GGCGGCUGCGGAGGCGGCGGCUGCGGAGGCGGCGGCGGCGGCAGGAUGUUCACGACGGGGGCGGAGAGUCUGCUGCUCCAGGCCAGGGAGAUCCGGGACGAGGAGCUGGGGAAGUUCUGUGCCCGGGUCUGUGCGCUACUGCGGAAGGAGGACUGGGGUCCCGACGCCGUGGACGCCCUGCGGAGGCUCUUCCUCAUCGUCUCGGCCACGAAAUACAACAGGAGGCUGGAGAAGCCCUGCGUGGCGCUGCUGCAGACCACCCUCUGCUCGCCCACCUGCCCCGAGCAGCUCCAGCUCCUCUGCGCCGCCGUCCUGAGAGAGAUGUCACCCUGCGACGGCCUGAGCCUCUCCUGCGACCACAUCCAGAACACGCGGCAGCUGGACCUCGUGGCCUCUGUGCUCUUGGCUCAGGGUGACCAGCAGCAGGUCAGGAGCUUGGGCCGGUGCGUCCUCAAGGUCCUGGAGAGCCGGCAGCCCGAGGGGCCCGGCCUGAGGCACCUCCUCCCUGUCGUGUCCAAAGUCACCAGCGUGGCCCCGGACGCCCUCCAUGAAGGGCAGACCCGGGCGCUCAGCAAGCGGCUGGGGGACUGGCUCCGCUACGCCAGCGUCCAGCAGGGCGUCGCCCACUCCUCCGGGGGCUUCUUCUCCACGCCCAGGGCCCGGCAGGUGAGGCUGGGGGACUCGGAGCCCCCCGUCCCCGGGCCGCCUCAGCCGGCCUGGCCUGCAGGCUGCCACCCACUCCUCCUCCCUGGUUCCAGAACAAGCACUCUCUCCUUGCUCCACUCGGGCAUGCGGGGGCGCCUUGGGUCACAGCUCCCAAGCCUGGGACGCGCUCUGGGGGUUGAGGCCCAGAACACGCGGGCAGGGCUCGUGUUUGACCGAGGGCCGUGCUUUCAGCUCAAGGGCCUGCACUCACGCACCCUGGGGGGGGGGGUGGGGGACGGGGUGCCCGUGGUCCCAGAGGGGCAUGGACGGCCGGGGCGGUGGCUCACGCCCCAUGCCGCCUGUUCUCGGCCCUUCCCGGGCCCUGCGGCACCGGCUGACCUUCCUUGCCUCCUGCAGCUGGGCCCUGUCACCGAGGUGGACGGGGCAGUGGCCACGGACUUCUUCACGGUGCUGUCCACGGGCCAGCGCUUCACGGAGGACCAGUGGCUGAACGUGCAGGCCUUCUCCAUGCUGCGGGCCUGGCUGCUGGACAGCAGCCCCGGGGGCUCCAGCGCCCCGGAUGCAGACGACAGGUCGGAGCUGGAGGGCUCCACCUUGUCCGUGCUCUCAGCCGCCUCCGCCGCCGGCCACCCGCUGCCGCCCCAGGAAUGGCUGCAGGAGAAGGCCUUCGAGUACUGCCAGCGCCUGCUCGAGCAGAGCAGCCGCCGAGCCCUGAGGAAGGCAGACUCGGACCUGCAGAAAGCAUGUCUGGUGGAGGCCGUGCUGGUGCUGGACGUGCUCUGCCGGCAGGACCCCUCCUUCCUGUACCGCACCCUCUCCUGCCUGAAGCCCCUGUACACGCGCCUGCGCGGGGACCCAGCCUGGGUGCGCGCGCUGCUGCCCGUCGCCCAGUUCUUCCUGCGCCACGGGGAGGCCGCCGCAGUGGACGCGGAAGCCGUCUACCAGCACCUCUUCACCAGAAUCCCCGCCGAACAUUUCCACAGCCCGAUGCUGGCCUUCGAGUUCAUCCAGUUCUGCAGGGACAGCCUGCCUCUGCUCGGCAGAAACCUUGGCGUUCUCAGGACGAGCUUCCCCAACCUCUUCAAGUUCCUGGCUUGGAACAGCCCGCCCCUCACCUCCGACUUCGUGGCGCUCCUCCCAUCGCUGGUCGACGCGGGGACGGCCGUGGAGAUGCUCCACCUGCUGCUGGACCUGCCUUGCCUGACAGCAGCCUUGGACCUGCAGCUCAGGUCGCUGCAGGCCGCAUCCGAGAGGCCGCCCUGGGACGUCUCCGUCAGGGCCCCCGGCUGCCUGGAGGCCUUCCGGGACUCGCAGGUCCAGGGUCUCUUCCAGCACCUGCUGCGUGCCCAGGCCAGUGGGACCGCGGAGAGGUUGACGCCGCUCUACCGGCUGCUGCAGCCCCUGGCCGGCUGCGCCCGGGUGGUCCAGUGCGCAGAGGCCGUGCCCACCCUGCUCCGGGCGUUCUUCUCGGCGGUGACGCAGUUUGCUAACGGGGCCCUGGCCAGCCAGCUGGCACUGCUGCUCCUGGAGCGAAGCGACUCGCUUUACCAGGUCCCGGGGUACGAAGCCGCUGUGCACAGGGUGCUGGGCUCCCAGUUCCCGGCCUUGUGCAAGCUGCAUCCCCCGCUGGUGGUCGAGCAGGCGAAGGAGCUGCUGGAGUUUGUGGGCGGCCCCCGCGGCGGCGGGCACGUGCUCACGUCCGUGGUGUGGGCCAUCGGCGAGUACCUGUCGGUGUCCUGGGACCGGCGGUGCACCGUGGAGCAGAUCAACAACUUCUUCGAAGCCCUGGAGGCCCUGCUCUUCGAGGUCACCCAGUCGCGGCCCUCCACCACCCUUCCCAAGUGUCCUCCGCAGGUCAUCUCCGUGCUCAUGACCACACUGACCAAGCUGGCCUCCCGGAGCCAAGACCUGAUUCCCAGGGCCUCCCUGCUCCUGUCCAAGAUGAGGAGCCUGGCCCAGAGCGCAGCCCCGGGCUCCGCGUGCAGCGAGGAGGACGCGGGGGCCGUCCGCACGCGGGCCACCGAGCUGCUGAACCUGCUGAAGAUGCCCAGCGUGGCCCAGUUCGUGUUCACGCCCAGCGUGGCCGCGUCCGAGCCCCGCUAUCACCGCGACACCAACACGGCCCUGCCCCUGGCCCUGCGCACGGUCAGCCGGCUGCUGGAGAGGGAGGCGGGCCUGCUGCCGGGGUGAAGGGACCGGUAGACGCCGGGCAGGGCUGCCCGUUGAGAGCCUGGUAUUACCAACCAUGGCUUCGGGGGUCAGGGAGGCUGUCACAGUCUCAGCCUUUGGCCUCUGUGUUUUUCUCUUAACCCCUUUCUCUCGUGACCACGCUGAGCUGUGUAGUGACACGGCACUGAUUCUCGGCUUUAGCUCCUCUUGGGACUGGGUGGAAGCUGCUUGGUUUGUGUCUUGCGGUCCUUGUUUGUUUGGGGGCAAGAAGAGACACGGCGAAAAUAAACCUCCUUUACAAAAUGGCUGCGUGAACACGGCGGGGUGCGUUCUUUUUCCCUCCACCGGGAAGCAGGGAGCCCCACAGGCAGCCGCGUAGCUGCUGCGGGGUCCAGGGGAUGCAGUGCUGCGGGGCUCGGAGAGCUGGCCCCGGGGCUGGGAGGGGCCUUCACCUGGUGCUCUUCCUUCUCGCCUAACCCCCACGUGUCAGGGCCGAGCCCCAUUCAGCGCGUGUC